AAUUACGAAACUGAAAUAUUGAUUUUAGAUAGUUAACAGCCUUCCCUGGGUAAUCUAAGUUGAGUGUUUUGAAUUAUCUUCUUCCGUUCAUAGCAAACACCCCUACGUCAUAUUUGUUAAUUCCCAACUAAAGUUAGCAGAGAAAUUUAAGAAAUUUUGGCUUUGGAAACGACGACAAGAUGACAGGACACGACAGCCAAAACUCGACCGGCAUUUGGGCGACUUCGAAUCAGUCAUCAGUUCUACUCGUGAUGGAAUACGAAGAUGUGGGAGCUAAUAUUACCGAUAUCUUUUCCGAGUUUGAUAUCAGCUUAGCCGUCAAUUUGUUGAGAGUGUUCAUUGCCAUUAUCGGAGUUUUAGCAAAUGUUGUUCUUUUCAUUGUUUUCUUGUACUUCCCAAUUUUUAACGUCCCUUCAAACCAGUUCAUACUUUCACUAGCCGUCAAUGAUGUAAUGUCACUAGCUUAUGACGUAAUCUUCAUAUUCAUGUAUUACGUAGCUCCUGCAGUUCUGGGGAAAAUUCCAUGCAUGGUUGGAAGUUUGGGCAUUUUGUUCGUGGUGAUCAACUUGUGUCAGCUGGCGGCGAUUGCAGUCGAGAGGUUCCUUUUCAUCAGGCGACCUUUGCACUACUACGCUCUCAUAGCAAACUGGAAAUCACUCCUCAUCUUCGGAUCAUGGAUUGUACCUUCGGUCGUGUUCGCGCCUCUGGUGUUCUGUCUGCAGUGUGAACAGAUGGGACCUGGGCCUCUGUUCAUGGCCAUAUUUGGAAGUUACCUCUUCGUCGGGUUCCUCCUCAUCGCUUGUCUCUACUUCUUCGUUUUCCGAUCAGCCCACGAGCAGAUGAACAACAUGAUAGCGUCCUACCCUCACGUCGAAGACAGUCACGAAAUCAGUCACAACGUGAAACUUCUUCGUGGAUAUUUUGUCAUCGUCGGGUCAGCAUUUAUAACUUACUUUGCCCCCAUAUCAAUAUUCAUAGCUUAUGCUAUCAAACCGUCACUUCUGCCCAUUCUGAUGCAAGCACGCCACUUAGCUGCCAUCCUUGCAACUGUGAACAACAGUCUGAACCCAGUUGUUUACUUCUUCUGCCAACGGACGUUCAAAGACUGUGUCACCAAACUGGGCCAGAAGGUGAGGAAAGUUCAGGUGCGUUUGGAGGCGGAGUCUCCGAACGGAAUCAAUACGUGUUACAACUCGUGUAAUACAAAUGAGUGUAUGGAGCUAACUGAAGCGUACACUCGGAGGCGAUCGCAGGAUGAGUCUUGAAUGAACAAGUUAUGACCAAAAAGGAAUACUACGAACAAUUUUGAACAAAAAAUGCUACCAGAAAAGUUACGCUUUCCUACAUUUUUGUUCCACAUGGAACAGAAUUAUGAAAAUGGAUUAAUGAUGCUAAAAUUUCAAAAACGUCUGGAAAGGUCACAUUUUAUUAUUUUUGUGUUAACUUUGGUGUUAUAUUCAUUCUUAUCUUCAAACUACACCCGUAAAUUAAACACGAAGAUUAAAAAAAGACUAGAAAGCACUUUGAAGGUGUUUUUCAGAUGCCAAUACUGUUUGAAUCCUGAAAUAAAAAGUAGAUUAGACAGACUGGACCUUCGUUUCUAGGAGGACGGCCUUGAAGAUGGUAUAUAAAGUAGAAAAAAUCACUUGUAAAAGUUCUUUAAUUACAGUAUCAAAUGUAAAGCUUCUUAGCUGGCCUUUUCAGUAGCUGUUUCCUGAAAAUGUCUUUUUGAGUGUUUGAUGUUGACGAUUUUAUUCUGUUGGGUACAUUUUUUAUCUAGAUAUAGGUGCUAAAAGAUCUUUUAAACUUCUAAUUAUUUUUUGACAUGUAUUUUAGUUGUUUGUUUUGAGAGUGUGAGUUGAGUGUGAAUGAUUUUUAAUUAAUUUUUCCAGCUCCAUAAUUAAUAUAAAGACCCUCUGUUUUUUACCCUCGCCAUCCUCAAAAAUCGAAAAAGAGAUAUCAUAAAUAAAUCUUAAGGAAUUAUUAUGCAAAAUUGUGAUAGAAGGGUUCCUAACCUUAACACGCUGUUUUAUUUAAAUAUAUAUUCUUAAAAAAUAUAGAAGCUAUAAUUUGUACCGAAAACUAUUUUUUCUAUGCUCGCUGAUUACGCAGUUUUCCGUCAUUCAAAAUUAUUUUUUUAUUCACAGUGCUAUUUAAUCAUAAAUUCUAUUAUAAAAUCAGAAUAGUUUUCGUUGUGUUUUCUUUGACGUUUUCGGUUUCCUUGACCCUAAUUGUUAACGUGUUGUCAUUUUAGCCCCAUUAGCCAUUCGU